GGCACCAGGCUGGCGCUAGCCUGCCCUUUUUGUUGUAAAAAACAAAUAUAUAAUUCUUUUUUUUUCUGCAAUUUACUAAUUUGGCAAAGGUCGAGGGUUAUACAGCCUUCACUGAACAAUAUCUUUAGCAAUUGGAAAUGGGAAAUAAAGUGGUCACAUUUACAGAGCAGCAACUAGAAGAUUAUCAGGACUGCACUUUUUUUACUAGGAAAGAAAUACUUAGGGUAUUCAAAAGGUUCAGAGAAGUGAACCCCGAGCUGGUCCCGAAGCGGAUGACCGAAAACCAAGCACACACUAUAGCAGUUCCGGUGGAGGAGAUAGAAAAACUGCCUGAACUGAAGGAGAAUCCCUUCAAGAGGCGCAUAUGUCAAGUGUUUUCGCACGACGGUUCCGGAAACCUGACCUUCGAAGACUUCUUGGACAUGAUGUCUGUAUUCAGUGAAGCAGCCCCGAGGGAUAUUAAAGCAUGGUACGCUUUCCGAAUAUACGAUUUGGACAAUGACAUGUAUAUCGGACGAGAAGAUUUACUCGAAGCUACACGUUUACUAACUAAAGGGGAACUGCAUCAACAGGAACGAGACGACAUCGUUGCGAGUGUUUUGGAUGAAGCGGACGUGGACGGGGAUGGACGACUCUCUUUUAUGGACUUUGAACACGUCGUUGUACGCGCCCCGGACUUCUUAUCUACAUUUCAUAUUAGAGUAUAAAUUUAAAACAUUUUUUGGUGUAAUUUCUUGACCAGAAAUCUUAAUAACGAUUGCAAAUGUUAUAAAUGGAGUAACUUCGGAAGUAACUAAGGAUUUUAAAUGUUUCUACACGCGUCCUGUCUUCUUAUCUACAUUUCAUUUUCAAGACAACAUUUCUGAAUUACGUUGCAAAUGUGGUCCAUUGUUGUCAAGUUGCUUCGUCCAGAAAAUGUAGACAAUAAUGGACGACUGUCUGCUAGGGACUUAGAACAUGUUAUUGUACGCGCUCCGGACGUGUUGCCAUUCUUUUAAGAGUAUGCGAACUCCUUAUAGGUAUACGUUUAUUUGGAUAGGAACACUUCUACGCCAGCAUACAUAGCGGAUAAAAUCGGUGCUGAUAUUCCGGCUAGAGAUGAUGUUAAAUAGUCGGACGACUGUUUUUAUGAAAUUUAUACAGGGUUGUUGUAACUAAAUCUAUUUCAUAUUAGUGUAUGAACUCUCUAACAAUAAUUCUUCGAAAUUAUUGAUCUUCUAGAUCAAUAAUUUUAAAGGAAUUAGAUCGCUACAAAUGUUUAAACGUAGUAAAGGUAGGCAGACUGUAACUCCGGAAUUCUAUGCGUAUCACUAAUGAAAUCGUUACAUCAACUAUUUUGGACGAAGUUGAUCGAUAUUAUUAUCAUCGUGAUUGUAGAGAAGUUGAAAUUUUAUGAAAAUGGUACAAUAAAGAAUAUAUGAACUUUAAACCUAUGUUUAAUAAAUAAUACGUAAAGGUUUUGUUUUCAUACCUUCACAUAACCUUAAAAUUAAGAAUAUAAUAUACUAAUAUUAAAAGAGAUACCCAAAAAAUCCGUACUAAGUACGGUUCAUACGACUGCAAGUGAAAUAUCGUGUGUUAUAAAUUUUGUUUUAUGAUAUAUUUAUGAUAUGAUGUUAUGUGAAAGUAGAUUACAACUUACCUACUCUAUUAUUCAUUGAUCUUACGUUCUUUUGAAGCCAUUCAUUGAUUAAUGUGGGAGAAAAUACGGCAAAACAACAAUGAAGCAACUUUUAAAGGACUAUUACAGUAUAUUUGACGUCGAAACAUCAAUAACGCAACUCAUCUCCCCGUAAUUUUAUAGCUCUUAGGAUCCGUUGUCAACUUUACGAUAGCAUGUAAUAAAAAUCAUCUGCAAAACUUUUUAUAUCGCCGUAAUUUUUGAUACCGUUUAAUCUAAUAAAUCUUUGUGUAACGUGAA